AUGAGAGAGCCAGCGCGCCGCAGACGCGGUAGAGACGACGACGGAUACGGCGAUCGAGACGCCAUCCUCCAGCGCUCCUCCACUCGGCACAGCCAUGCCGACGCACACGCCGACACCUUCCGCGGCUACCAGCCGGGACAACCCAUCGGCUUUUUGGCAGCCAGAAAGACCGCCUACGGCAAAAAGGUGUUUGGACGAAAGCUCAAGUUCUGCCUCUUCUUCAUCGUGCCUAUCGCCGUCCUCGUCGGCCUCGUCCUUCUCACCGGGCCCAUCCUCUUUGCUGUAGCACGUCACAUUGUCAACGUCUCGGUGGUCCAUCUAAACUCGCUCGACAUCAACACCACCCAGUCUGCGCCAGGAGAAUACCCGAUCAAGCUCGAUGCACGCGUCACCAAAACCGGCAUCUUCCCCGCCCGCGCCUACUUCCGCGCGCCCGUCGAUCUCUAUUGGAUGACCGUGCCACCCGACAGCCGCGAAAUCCACAUCGGCUCUCUCGAGCUCAGCCACCUCGGCGUCACCUCGCGCGGCUAUGGAACGCUCAAGCAGUCCAACACGCUCAAAAACGUCUCGGACGACAACCUCGCCCUUCUGGCGCGCUUCCUCGUCAAUGCCGAACAGGCCACGCUCAAGCUCAACUGCUCCGAAGUCAAGCCCGUCGCUUUCGGCUUCCUGCCCUCGUGGCACAACAUCGCCAUCAGCAAGCACGCCAACAUCCGCGGCCUCAAAGGGCUUGGCGGCGUCAAGGUCUUGAAGCUCGACGUGCCGGGAGACGCUCCCCAGGGCGGCGCCAUCAUCAAUGCCGUCGGAUCGCUCAUCAACCCGUCACCCUUUACCAUCCAGCUGGGCAAUGCGGAUCUGCAGAUGCUGUACAGGGAUAUGCCCAUCGCAGAGGCUAGCAUCACCGAUUUUCGCCUCGGCAAUGGCAACAACACCAUCCCCAUCGACGGUCGAAUCUAUCGCCAAGAGGGCGCUGAAAACCUCGCCAAACUCAGCGAAAUGGUCUCGAUCCUCACCAACAACGAGGCAGCUCCCGUCGCGGUGCGCGUCAACCCCACCAGCGCAUCCACCCCUUCCUGGGUCAAGGCUGCCGUCGACGAGCUCAACAUCGUGGUGCCCGUCAAGCUGCCGCAGCCCUUCGAUCCCAUCAAGGCCGUCUCGGUGGGCGCGGUGGAUGUACUGGUCGACCCGGCUACCUCCUUUGCGCCCGUACUCAACUCCCAAGCCAUCUCGGCCGAUGUGGAGAUCCCGUUCGGCCUCUCGCUCAACGUCGAGAGUGCGGCGGUCGACAUCGACAUCUCCACCGACAAAGCUGGAAAGACGCCCGCAGGGUUGGCUUCACUGCAGGGUGCACAGGCCAAUGCUUCGUCGGCACUCGAGCUCGUCGGUCCCAGCCGUCGCGGUGGCAAAUCAUUCGUCUCGCUGGUCAAUGCCACCAUGUCGCCGCCCGACAGCGCCAAAGCCGAUCAGGCCAACGCGCUCUUUGAGCACGUCAUCCAGGCCGUCACUUUUGGUGAUCAGGUCAAGCUCGCCGCCAAAGGCACUGCUGCCGUGACGGCCGACUCGUCCAUCGGUCGCAUCACGCUUCCAGCACUCAAAAUCGCCACCACCACCACCAUGCAGGGUCUGAACGGGUUCACGGCGAGUCCGCUCGAGGUGUUGUCGUUCGACAUCCUCGGUGGCUCCAGCUCCGCCCUCGACGUCACCGCUUCCGCCUCGAUCAACAACCCGUCGCAGAUCUCGGUCAGCAUCCUGGGAGAUACGAGCUUCAACCUCGGACUGCCCAACGGUGCAAGCGUCGGUCGCGGACGUGUGAGCGAUCUUCGCAUGGUGCCCGGUCCGAACGUGCUCAACGCCUCGGCCGCCGUCUCGUUCGACGCCAAGAGCCAAUCGCUGGUGCAACAGUAUCUCCAGGGCAAACCGAGUCCCGUCAACGUUCAGGGAGACAUGGCUUCGACGCAAGCAGAGUCGCUCCAAUCGACGCUGAGCGGCAUCAAGCUGCAAUCGACCAUUGCGGGCAUCGUGGAUCCGCUCCUCCUUAGCGCGCACAUGCUCAUCCUCGACUCGACCGCCGUGGUGAACAACAUUGCUGAUGCCAUUCCAUCGGUGGCAAACCCGUUCACUGCGCAGAUCAAUCUCAAGGGCUCCAAAGGUCAAGCCAGCGUUCUUGGGCUCAACGUCGGACGCGUCGAUGCGACCGAUCUCGACAACGCCGUCGUCAUUCCAUCGCGCUCGAAUCCCGACCGUGCCAGCGACCAGCCCUUGCCUGUCUCCGUCGUCUUCGACCAGCCCAACGUCAUCUUUGGCCUCAUGCGGGGCCUGGUGGUGCAAUCCGGUCAGAACCCCGCCCCGCUCGACUACCUCAUGAACGUCGGCGGCAUCAAGCCCGUCGGCGUCAAACAGUCCAACGCCAACAUCCAAUCGCUCUCGCUGCGCGCAGCUCCCUUCGACGGCUUCAGCCUGCCCAGAUACGUCAUGACGGCUCUGGCUACAGCACGUGCCGACGUCAACGUCAACGUCGAUGUUCUCAUCGGCGACUACGCUCUUAGCACGCCCUUCCAACAAUCCAACGUGAAUGUCACCUUUGACAACAGCGUCGAGAAGCUCUACUCGAUCCUCGGACGCCCCAUCAUGCAGGCGAUCGUGGAUGCGGUUCAGCUCGACCUCCUUGGCAUUCAGGUCGUCGACCUCGCACAGAGCAAAGUGGCGGUGGAUGUGGCUGCCUCCGUGUCCAAGAUCGGUCCCUUCGAUGCCGUCGUCACGCUCGACAAGGGCGUUGAUGUCAGCUGGCAGGGCAGAGUCAUCGGCAACGUCGCGCUGCCCAACGUGACGAUCGUUCCCGAAACAACGCCGAUCCAGAUGCGAGCCGAGCUGACCAUCGCAGACGCCGGGCUCAUGGCCGACCUCGUCAAGGCUUUGCUGCAGGAAAAGAGUCUGGAUUGGACGGUUUCCACGCCGUCCAUGGUUGUAUACGCCUACGAUGCCGUGCUCAACGGUCCGGGCCUGACAAAAAAGACAACGGUCAGGGCUUUUGACCGUCUGCGCAACGCUGUAGCGCUCAACACGUUCGAUCUGCCGUCCAAUGACCCAGCGGGAGGCAUCCACAUAACGGCAUCCGCGUCCGUGCGCAAUCCUUCCAUGAUCGGCGUCAACCUCGACCGUCUCGGCGUCAACUUUGGCCUGCCCACCAGCAUCCUUGGUGAAGCCGGCCUUGGUGACCCGCUCAGCAUGACCCCUGACGCAACCUCCAACGUCAAUGUGGCCGGUCGAAUCCUGCCUCAGUCCGGUCAAGGCCUCACGGACUUUUCGGCCAUCGCGCAGAACUUCAUCUCCAACAAGCCCACCACACUGACGGUGCAUGGUGUUUACGCUGGUCCCGAGAGCGUCACGUGGCUUACAGAGGGGAUCAAGACGCUCGAGAUCCCUGUGACUGUGCCAGGCAUCGUGCUCGACCCGCUCAAGAGCGUCAGCAUGACCAGCGCCACGCUCGACUUUACCCAGCCCAAUGCAGAGUGGUCGCCUGUGCUGAGCACCGACACGGUGCGUGCAGCCGUCGACAUUCCGUUCGGCUUCCCCUUUGGAGUCGACAGCGUCGACGGCUCAUUCGACAUUUUGUACGGUGGCCAGGGUGCAGCUCGUCUUGUUCUGCCUUCUACCGGCGCCACGACGGAGAACAGGACGGUCAGCCUGGCGAUUCAAAAUGCCCGCAUGACCAUCCCUGGCAACUUCCGUAAUAAUUUCGCCAACCAGCUCGCCAUCAAUGCUGUGCAGGACCAGUCGGUGGGUGUCGGUCUCACAUCGAGCGCAGUCAAUGCUCUUGUAUCGACCGCGUCGGGCGACAUCACAGUCAAAGGCAUUCCGAUCCAGCUCGACCCUGCGCUUGCGUUGAACGGAUUCCAGGGUCUUCGCAACAGUCCUGUGGGUAUCGGCGGCCUCGACGUCACCGGUGGAACGAGCGACUAUGUCAUCGCCAGGGUGGACGCAAGCAUUGUCAACCCUUCGCAGGUGCACGCCAUCGUAGGCGAUGUUCGGAUGCAGGUCAACUAUGACAAUGGCGGCAGCAUCGGUGAUGCGCUUGUUCGCGGCGCCAACAUCCCGCAGGGUCCCAUCACAUUGCCGGUCGAAGCGCAGCUCAAGCUCAACAGCGAUAUCGGGAGGCGUCUGAUCAAGGACUUCCUCACCAGGGGUGGACCCGACAUUCAGGCUCAAGCACACGGUACGGGCCGCUCCACCGCGUACGGGUCGCUCAAUCCGGCCGUCUCGACGCUCGCGUUCGGUGCCUCGGUUCCCCGGCUCAACGAAACCUUGGUCACCCAGGCCACGCUGAUUGUACCGCCCAACGUCGACAAGAGGCUGAUUGUGGGGGCUUCGUUCGUCCUGACCAACCCGUUCGGUGCGACCAUCACGGUGCUGCGCGCAAAGGCGAGCGCCACAUCGCUGGGUGGAGUGCUGCUCGGCAGCGUCGACGCCAACAUCAACAUGGUAGCGAAUGGACGAUCUACCGUGACCUCGCCACAAUUCCCCGUGCAGGUUAACACCAACCUUGCCGCCAUCAUCGGCUUUUUCGAAGACCAGGCCAGGGCAAACAGUGUUGAUCUCGGCCCUCUGCUCCCGCUCAUUGAGCCGAUCAAAUCUCGCCAGAAUCUGGAUUCCAGCAUCAGUUACCGACCGGCUCAGAGCGACGGAUGCCCUCUCAAUGGCGCCACUGAUGUGGUUGGUGCUCUGCGUCGUUCGCUCCAGGGCACUCAGCUCGCUGCCGAUGCUCAGGCCAACGUUCUGGUGGGCUCGUAUCGCAUCGAUAAUGUCCCCGUCCAGCUUCAGCCGAUCGCGCUCCAAGUCGACGAUAGCGUGCGAUACCUCAUCGGACCGUUUGGUGCGCCCGUCGUCGAGAACAUCGUCAGCGGACUGACGCUCGAAGUCCUCAACAUCUCUGCCUCUGCUCUGUCUGCCGACGGGCUCAGUGUCAAGGUCAGCGUCCAGAUCGGCGGCAUCGGACCUUUUGCCGCCCAGGUCAGCUUUGCCAAGCCUCUCGAGACUCGAUACAAGGGAAGGCGCAUCGGUACGAUCGACCUGCCUACUUUCUGCCUCCCCGCGGAUGGCCGUCUCGACCUCGACGUGCGACUCUCCGUCACCGACCAGAACGGGUUUGGCGACUUUGUGAGCGAUCUGAUUGCGCAGGAGAGUCUCGACAUCGAGAUUUUUUCGGACUCGAUCGUGGCCAAUGCCUACGGUGUCGAGUUCUCCAAAAUUCGUCUUCAACGGCCGAUCACGUUGCAAGGACUUCAAGGCUUGCCGGGCGUCGUCGCAAGGACGGUCUCGGUCGUGGGGCAGACGUCCAACACAUUGCUCGUCGAAGCAGAGGCCACGGUACCGUCGCGCACGUCGAUUCGCGUCGAGCUGCCCAACGUCGAUGUCGACUUCCAGUACAACAAUGCCGUCCUCGGCGGCGUUCGUGUUCCCGCCGGCACGGUCUUGGCGCCCGACGCGGCCAAUGACUUGCGCGUCAAUGGCCAGGUGAAUCAGAUCACAAACAAUGCUCAGCGCGCGGCGUUGGGUGCGCUCGCAAGCCGGUUCAUCUCUGCCAACACCACCACCGUCAACAUUGUCGGCAACAGCGCCUCGGAUGCCAGUGGUCAGAACAUCCCGUGGCUCACGCGCGCGCUCAAGACGCUCAAGCUCGCUGUGGAUGUGGCCGGCCAGAACCUCAACCCGGUCACGCGUGUCAAUCUGCCGGACCUGACUGCCGACUUUGCCUCUGCACAGGACGAGGGCUUCCGAUUCCCCGUAUCGUCGCAGCGAACAGAAGCGGUAGUUUCAAUUCCGUACAACAUCAACGUCGGGGUGGUUUCGGCCUCGGGCACUGCUUACGUCGCCAACGCUGGCUCGACGGUUCGAGCCGCUAGCGUGGAGCUCGACUCCAUACCGAUCUCUGGAUCGAUCUCGGGAGCCAAUCAGCCUGCGACGCUGCAGCUCAGCCUGAAGGACACCAUUCUGACCGCGGUGGAUCGGGGUGCGUACAAUGACCUCUUGAUCAGUGUCGUGUCCAAACCGACGACCGAGCUGCGCGUCCUCGGCGCCGUCUCGGCUGUAGUCAACCUCGCGGUGGGACAGAUCACGAUCGACUCGGUCAACCUCGACGUGCCCACGACCUUGCCGUCGCUGAACAAUUUCGGAGGGCGGCUGCAGGUGGUUGGCAACGUGGAUGUCAUUGGCGGUACGCCAGAGCACGGCAUUGCAAAGCUCAAGGUGAUCCUCAACAACCCUUCGAUCAUCACCGCCAAGAUCAAGGAGCUGAGCAUUCCUGCCUUCCUCGACGGCAACACUAUCGGCCGUGCGACUAUCCAGGACCUUGUCCUCAAGCCUGGUGACAACAACCUGGAAGCCACCAUUUACAUCCGGCUCGAACAGCCUCUUGGCAGUCCAACGGCGGUGAAGCUCGUCCGACAGCUCAUCCAGCCCAUCCCCGGUACGCGAGAUCCGUACGUGACCAAUCUGAUGGCUUACAACCCGCCUGGUCAGCAACCGGGCAUCACCGAGUUCGCCGCACUCAAUCCGGCGCUUGACACGCUCAGGCUCGCAAUCGAUCUGCGCGGACUGGCUCUGCAGCUGGUCCAGCUGGCCAAGAUCAGCAUCGAGGUCACCCAGCUCUUUGCCGGUCCUGGCGGCCUGCCUUAUGUGAUUGCCGACAUUGAUCUGGAAAACGGCCUGCCGACCCAGCUCGCGCUCGAGCAGAUUGCUGCCAACGGCGCCAAGGCCGGCUCUGGCAAGACCUACGCUACACUGGACCACACGUUUGAUCCGACGCUCAUCUUGCCGGCCGCUGCAGCCACCCUGGUAAAUCCAGGCAAGGCCACGGCGCACAUUCCCAACGUCCUGCUUCCCAUGGGUCUGCUCAACUCGAUCGACAUUGUUGGCAACAAUCUCGAUCUGGACAUCACCAAGGCGCUGAUCAAGAUCGGCGGGUCCAACGGCUACGAGCUGCAAGGCGCAUUGACCUAUCUCAACGUGCCGGCUACGUACACGCUGACGCUGGCUGGCGUGCCCAUUGCGAGCCUCGACUCGCUCGGUGGAUUGCUGGGCGCGCUAUCUGGUGUCGUCGGCGUCCUUUCGCCCAACGAGCGAAAGCUCCUCAGCGACGGUCUGCAGAACUUGGGCUCGGGCAACAUUCUGGGGCUCGUGGAUAACGGCUUCAAGGAUCUCGUCUGCGUCCUCAACGAUCUACCUCUUCCGUUGCUGGGUCAGGCCGGCUGUCCGCAAGCAUCGACGUCGAGCACAUCGGCUGCAUCGACGUCCGCUGCCGCCACAAGCUCUGGAUCGGCUUUGCCUGCCGUGGUGAGCGCCGCGUCAGGCGCCGCAUCCAGCGCAACAUCGGCCGUUGGACCCGUCUCAUCGAUCCCACCGGCCGCUUCCUCGACUCCAGCAAGCAACCCAUCCCCCGCACCGUCCUCUCCAGCGUCAUCGCCCGCAGCAGCAGCUUCGAACACCCCGGCAGCAACGAGCAGCGCCGGUCUCUUGGGCAAUCUCGGCAGCGGUCUCGGUCUAUAA